ACCUAAAUGAGCAUUUAUUUUAAUUAAAAAUUAAAAAUUUAAAAAAAGUUUUUAAUGGUAAAUUCCAUAUCUGGAAAGCUCUCGAAAUCCCCAUCAUGGAGAGCCGCGACUCGCCGCCGUCGAUAGAUCUCCACCGCCCUUCCUCGCCGUCGUCGUCGGAGCUGAACAGUUUCGACCCGACCACUCCGGCCCGGAUCCGGGUUGAUUCCCGGCGGAAUUUGUCGCACACUCCCUCGCCGUGCCGGACCAUUUACGGCGAUCGCUUCAUCCCCAGCCGAUCUUCGUCCAAUUUCGCGCUAUUCAAUGUCUCCCUGCCUCCGCAUUCUUCGUCGCCGGAGGAUUCCGGCAAUGCGUACACCGCGCUGUUGCGGGCGGCGCUGUUCGGGCCUGAUCCGGGGGGGCUCUUGCCUCCCUUGACUCCCGAUGGCUCUGCCCGUAAUUCGUACUGUGCUCCUCCGAAUCGCAAUAUUUUCCGGUUCAAAACUGAAACUCGGAAAUCGAUGGAUUCUCUGUUCCCCUUCGCGUUUGACGGUGAUCAAUUUCCUGGGGUGAGUGCUAGCCCUGUCAAGGCUCCCAGGAAGGUUGCCAGAUCUCCCUUCAAGGUGCUGGAUGCACCUGCUUUGCAAGAUGAUUUUUACCUGAACCUUGUCGACUGGUCUUCCAAUAAUGUUUUAGCUGUGGGCUUGGGGAACUCUGUGUAUUUAUGGAACGCAUCUAGUGGCAAGGUAGUAAAGUUGUGCGAUUUGGGAGCUGAAGACAACGUUUCUUCAGUUGGAUGGGCAAGCCGCGGCACACAUCUUGCUGUUGGAACCAACGCCGGGAAAGUCCAGAUAUGGGAUGCUUCUCGGUGUAAGAGAAUAAGAACAAUGGAAGGACAUCGAUUACGAGUUGGAGCACUAGCAUGGAGUUCAUCUGUUUUGUCUUCAGGAAGCCGUGACAAGAGCAUUUUUCAUCGUGAUAUACGGGCUCAAAAUGAUCAUGUCAGUAAGCUAUCUGGUCACAAGUCAGAGGUAUGUGGAUUGAAGUGGUCAUAUGACAACCGGGAAUUGGCUUCAGGUGGAAAUGAUAACAGACUUUUUGUAUGGAACAACCACUCAACACAGCCUGUGCUGAAAUAUUGUGAGCACACUGCCGCUGUGAAGGCAAUUGCAUGGUCACCCCAUCUUCAUGGCCUUCUUGCUUCCGGUGGUGGAACAGCUGACCGAUGCAUUCGCUUUUGGAAUACUUCCACUAACACUCAUUUGAAUUCCAUUGACACUGGAAGCCAGGUCUGCAAUCUGGUAUGGUCUAAGAAUGUGAAUGAGUUGGUCAGCACACAUGGGUACUCCCAGAACCAAGUCAUAGUUUGGAGAUAUCCUACAAUGUCAAAGGUAGCAACCCUGACUGGGCACACAUAUAGGGUCCUCUACCUUGCCAUCUCCCCGGAUGGGCAGACUAUUGUGACAGGGGCGGGAGACGAAACACUUCGGUUCUGGAAUGUGUUUCCUUCCCUUAAAUCUCAGAACACAGAGGGUAACAUUGGAUCAUCUUGUCUGGGGAGAACCCAAAUCCGGUGAAAAAUUUUCCUCAACUUUCCCCAGAUAUGCAUGCACUAUUAUAGAGAAAAUUUUACAGGCAUACAGAGGUGAUGAUCUCUCUCGCCUUCGCCUUUUUUUUUUUGGCUCGACCCGAUUCGGAUCAGAAACAGGCAAAAACUGUAUACUGGGAGGAGAAGUUAUUAUCUUACCCCGGAAUAUUAUUUUUAUAUAUAUAUUUAUUAAAUUAAAUAUAUAAAGAUCAAUAACAUAUCCUCUCACAUUCUGUAAAAAAAAAAAAAAAUAGAGCUAGAAACACUUAUGGGUCUCUGUCAAAUAUCCAAAAUUUUCCACUGCUCAGUGCAAUUCUUUCCUAGGUUGUCUUUAUUUACUGCUGAUGACAAACAUUUGUGUAAUUUUUUUUUAUAUAACAAAUAAUGUCUUGGCUA